AUUAAUGUGAUACAGUUUUAAUAAAAUGUGAUUAUUGUUGUUGAGUGGAUUUUAUCGGAUUCAUUCAAGGUGCUAUAAUGGAAGCUGCAGAAGACAGGUGGGUGCAGGAUUCUGACCCUGCUGACUCCUCACAGCUUUGUGAGGAUGUGAAGACAGAAACUUCUGCCACUGCUGAUGUAGGAACCUCGAGCUCGGUGGGAGACGAACCCACUGUGGACCAACAGGAUGGAGAACUCCAGAUGAAGGCUGUAAAAGAGGAGGAGGUUGAAGAUGAAGAUCAUCUCUGUAAGGGAGAGAAUAAACACGAGAACCUGCAGCCCUCCAGAAGUCCUGAGUCGACGUCCUUCGGGCCCCGAGAGACCCAGGGGGACGUCCACCGCUGCUCGGACUGUGGGAAGAACUUUACUCAGCAGAGCCAUCUCCACAGACACCGGCGCAUUCACACCGGAGAGAAGCCACACCAGUGCUCAGACUGUGGAAGAGGUUUCACCCAGCAGGGCGCUCUGAAACGGCACCGGCGCACUCACACCGGGGAGAAGCCUUACCAGUGCUUCCAGUGCAAGAAGAGUUUCUCUGAUCCAGGGUAUCUACAAACACACCAGCGCAUUCACACUGGAGAGAAGCCGUACCUUUGCACGCACUGCGGGAAGAGCUUCAUCGAGAGCACCGCGCUGAAGAAGCACCAGCGCACUCACACGGGAGAGAAACCGUUCCAAUGCGUCCACUGCGGUAAGAGCUUCACCCUCUUCAGCCAUCUCCAAACACACCAGCACAUUCACACCGGUGUCAAGCCCUUCCAGUGCUCACAGUGCGGCAAGAGCUUCACCAAAAAAAGCACCCUCAGAACGCACCAGCGCGUUCACACCGGAGAGAAACCGUACCGGUGCUUACACUGUGGCAAGAGCUUUCCUCUCCACAGCAACCUCCAACAGCACCAGCGCAUUCACACUGGAGAAAAGCCCUACCACUGCUCGCACUGUGGGAAGAGCUUCACUCAGCUGAGUCACCUCCAGUCGCACCAGCGCGUUCACACCGGAGAGAAGCUGUUCAGCUGCUCGCAGUGUGGCAAGACGUUCACCAGGCAGGGUCACCUCCAAACCCACCAGCGCAUUCACACCGGCGAAAAGCUGUACGGCUGCCCACAGUGUGGGAGGAGCUUCACCGAGAUCGGUACGCUGCAGACGCACCAGCGCACUCACACCGGAGAAAAACCCUACCAGUGUCUGCACUGCGGGAAGAGCUUCACCCAGGGAGGCGCCCUCAGAAAUCACCAGCGCGUUCACACCGGUGAGAAGCCAUACUCCUGCUCGCAGUGUGGGCUGCGCUUUACCUACCAGAACUCUCUCCAUCGACACCGGCGCAUUCACACAGGAGAGAAACCCUACUACUGCUCGCAGUGCAGACAGAGCUUCACUUAUUCCAGAACACUCAAGACUCACAAGUGCACCGACGGAGACGCGCCACACCCCGUCCUCCAAUGUGAUCCAAGAACCACUAAAAAAGAAAAGAUGUCUCCUGAUGUGAAGACGGAGACUUCGGUUGGAGGAGCAUCGAGCUCAGUGGGUCACGUCCCCUCCGUGGACCAGCAGGAUGAAGAACUUUUGAGAAUCCCUGUAAAAGAGGAAGAUAAAGACCAUUUCUAUGGAGGAACUUCAGGCUCUGUGGGACACGUCCACCCUGUGGACCAACUGGACAGAGACUUUCAGAUGAAGCCUUUGAAAGAGGAAGAAGAUAAAGCUGAAGUUAAGGAUGAAGACGGCCUCUACUGUCAGGAGAACAAGACCUUCUUCAUUACCAAGUGUGAGGUUCAUGAUCCUGCUCUCUUCAUCCCUGAUGGCCUUGUUCCUUCUGGGGCUGCUGACCGAGCCAGACGAUCCCUUCCACCUGGCCUAGAGGUUCAGAAAUCAGGAAUUCCUGAAGCUGACCUGGGACUGUCCAAUACAGGGUUAAAUAACGACCAGUUAGAAGCGUUCUCCUGCUCCUGGUGUCAUGUUUCCUAUACAUCCCAAAUCUACCUGCACAAACACAUCAGGAGGCGUCACCAUGAAGAGUAUCUGAAACUGCUGGAGCCCUCAAGAAGCUCCAACCUUCAGCAUGGGCAGAUACAAGCAGACAAUCACCGGUGCUUACAGUGUGGAAAGAGUUUUACCCAACAGAGUAAACUACGAAGACACCAGCGCAUUCACACUGGAGAGAAACCGUAUUACUGCUCACAGUGCGGGCAGAACUUCACGUACCUGAAUACGUUCCAAAUUCACCAGCACAUUCACACAGGGGAGAAACCCUAUCACUGCUCACAGUGCGGAAAGCGGUUUAGUGCGAAGCGCAAUCUCCAGACACACCAGCGCAUUCACACAGGAGAGAAGCCGUACAGGUGCACACAGUGCGGGGUGAGUUUCGCUCAGCAAAGUGGUCUCCGGCGACACCAGCGCACUCACACCAGAGAGAAACCGUUUUACUGCUCGCAGUGCGGGAAGAGCUUUACUCAGCAGAGCUCUCUCCGAACGCACCAGCGCAUUCACACAGGAGAAAAACCCUUUCAUUGCUCGCAGUGCGGAAAGAGUUUUGCAGAGAGAGAUACUCUCAGAAAACACCAGCGCCUUCACACUGGAGAGAAACCGUAUCAGUGCCCGCUGUGCGAGAGGAGCUUUACUCAACAGAGUAACCUCCAGCAACACCAGCGCAUUCACACUGGAGAGAGGCCGUAUCACUGCUCACUGUGUGGGAAGAGCUUUAAAGAAAAGGGCAUUCUCCAGCGACACCAGCGCAUUCACACGGGGUACAGGCCGUAUCCGUGCUCACAGUGUGGAAAGAGUUUUUACGAGAAGUUUGACCUCCAUCGACACCAGCGCAUUCACACUGGAGAGAAGCCCUAUCGCUGCUCGCAUUGUGGGAAGCGAUUUACUCGACAGAGUCACCUCCAGGCACACCAACACCUACACACCGGACAGAAACCGUAUCGGUGCUCAGAGUGUGGAAAGACUUUCACUCACCCAAAUUCACUCCAUCUUCACCAGCGCAUUCACACCGGAGAGAAACUGUGUCAGUGUUCGCACUGUGGGAAGAAGUUUACCCAACAGAAUCAACUCCUAGCCCACCAGAGCGUCCACACAGGAGACAAGCCGUAUCAGUGUCGGCACUGUGGUAUGAGUUUUACCAGAGAGAAUUCUCUCCACAGGCACCGGCGCAUUCAUACAAGAGAGAAGCCGUAUCAGUGCUCACACUGUGGGGUGGGUUUUACUCGACAGAGUCAGCUCCUGGCACACCAGAGCGUUCACACCGGAGAGAAACCGUAUCACUGCUCAUACUGUGGCAAGAGUUUUAAUGACACGAGCUCUCUGAAACGACACCAGCGCGUUCACACUGGAGAGAAACCGUACUACUGCUUACUGUGUGGGAAGAGCUUUACUCAAGCCAGUACGCUCCAGUCACACCAGUGUAUUAACACAGGAGAGAAAACCCAUAUCCCAGUACUGAUGGGGAUAAACUGA